CACAGAUCAGUCACAGCAAGUCACAGAUGCACAGACUGCAGCCCAGUCCACACUUUGAGUCCUGCGUCUUCAAUCUGCAUUUCUUCUUCGUUGCUCACAAUCGCCUUUCAAGGAUCAUUUUGAGAAGAACGUCCUGCAGGCUGCAUCACUUUCAGAACAGGAGGGAAGCACAUUUCCACAAUUUGGCCGCUUCUGCUUCACAAGCAUAGACUUCCAGGUAUAUCCUUCAGGCGCUUUGCUUUUUCCCUACACCGCCGUUUGCCGCUCACAGCAGGCAGAAUGGACUACACCAACCGCUUCUUCUCCGACGCCGCAGCACAGGAGAGUCCGGCUGAGCAGAUGCAUUUUGCAUUCUCCUCCCCAGCAUCAAGGUCAACCUCUUCCAAUCCAAGCAGCAGCAGUAUUUACGAGGAUAGAGAAAACAUUGAUCCAGUCACUCUGAGAUCAGCACUCACCGGCAGGCGGGUUUUGGAUCGGGAGGAGCCAUCAGUCAGCGGCGCAGGACAACCCCGUCUGGUAGAUGCAGAGGGCAACGAUCUUCCACAGUCCAGGAGUCCACUUCCAGAGAACUAUCCCAGGGUCCCUCUUCAAGACAUCACUGCAGUCCUGGAGCAGCAAGAGUACGAGAAAGCACGAGCAAAGGUCAAAGCAGCCGCCGUGGCCAAGUCCUUUGCUCUUGAGGGUAUGAUGCGGGGAGGGGCGUCGUCAAAAAGCAGCACCAGCAACCAGUCAAAAGCACGCCAACUUUCAAUGAGCAACUCAUCAAGAAGCACGCAGCUGCGGAGUCUUCGGUGACAUCGACACUGUAGUGUACGGGACAAACCGAUGGUUGAGGCUGCUCUGGUUAACUUAUCCCUGCGUUUCUGACGAAACAUGGUUGACCUUCAGGGAACCAGCAGGACCAGGUUGAAGGGCAGGAAAGAAAUAUUUAUUCAAGAGCCCUGUCUGGCUGUAAGACAGUUAACACGAUCACAAUGUAAUAAUUUGAUCAAGGUGGUAAGAAGGCAGAACGGUGAAGAGACUCUCCACUUAGGGAUUGAGUUGAAAGUGCCUACCGGCCUAGUGAGGUCAAGCUGCACUGCAAGUACCUUCAACGAGGACCUUCACUUGACGAUUAGUGGUACACUUGUAUGUUUGGUAACGUAACUGAAAUCUUUAAGCGAGAGGCCUGUGCUAACCUUCGAGAGUUUCUAAGUGGGCUCUCGCAAUCAUCAGGGGUUGUCCAACGUUUUUUUGUUUGAUUGAGCAUAAUGUUCGCACGCCUCUGACUAUUCUGCAGUGGAAUCUGGC